CGAGAAUCAAAAAGCGCCGACUUCUCUCAUCGCUCGUGUUGUCCUUUUUUCACUUUCUCUUCCACCUUGUCCUUCUUUAUAAUACCCUUCUGAACACCUCAGGCUUCCCUGGAUUCCAAGACAUCCGGCGUCCCGGUUAGGAUCCCACUCUCGUCGCACGGACAUUGUCUUGGUAUCUUAUCGAGGUAUAUCGGAUUGGUUGCUUACGAGCGGACUAAGCCUCAGACAGGAUAACACCCCUUUCUCCAUCGUAUCACGAGCUAGGAAUUAGACCGUUAUGGCGGCCAAUACUCUCUUCCAAGAACAGCCUGCGAGAGAAUUCGGUACCAACGAUGUCUUUGACAACCCUCUGGACGACCUGGACCUUAGUCCGGAGGACUGCGACUUGAUUGCUAAGAUGAACGGAUUCGAUACAGACCCAGCUUCUGGGUUCUUUUCGGAGCGUUGGUCCUCUGACUUCGUCAACUACGAUGCUCCCGAUGACCUCUUGCCGGGUGCGUUGGACAACCUGGGGGCAUUCCCCGGUGCGGGUUCCAUGAACGACAUGGGCAUGGUUCCGAAUGGCGGGUUCUUCGAUUCCUCUUUUGACUGCAACAUCAACAACGGUCAGUUCCAAGACAUGUUGUUGUAUGACCAGCCUUACGACUUGACGACCACCAUUCGACAAGCAGUGGAAGCUCAAGCAGCGGUUGAUACCAGCUGCUCGUCCCAAAAGGAGAAGCGCAUGGACGCAUCUAUUGCCUUUCACAUGCAGCGCCUUCAGGAGUCUCCGCUCACCGAUCCUUAUACGAGCCCAGAGUUCUCGUCUCCAUCCUCAUCGUACAUGGCCCAAGGCAGUGCAUCUCCGCCGUCAACGGGAGCAGGCCAAACACCCGUCUCUGCUACAACAGAUGGUGUGUCAACACCCGACCAACCAGGUGGUGUUGAGUUGGUACUCGACUUGAACAUGAAUGCAACGACGAAUCUCCCAAAGAAGCACAAGCCUCGAUCACAAUCCCAGAAGGACAACUACAUCAAGGUUCGAAAGCAUGGUGCUUGUGAGAAGCACAGGAAGCAGCACAAACGGUGCAACUGCCUUGAGAAGAAGGCUAGCCUUGUCGAUGUUCACGAAGGCACGAUAAUUCAGCCACCCAAGCAUGUACCAUUGCAACCAUUCGCUCCUCUGUCGAGGCAGUCAUCGCUACCAUCGACAAGUACGCUCAGGGAUACGGCACACGAUACGCUUCUCGAUCCAGCGCACAGCCCAACACACAUCCCACAACCACGACCGUCAAUUCAACCCAUGUCCAGAAACGAUACAGACAUACAAUCACACAGCUCUACGCCAAGGUGUCCCAGAUCAGAGAUUCUCUGGUCGCUACACAGUCGACACGAUCGACCAUCGCUAGGUAAUACAGCUCAGCAUUCUGUGCCUGUUAAUGACAGGCGAGCCAAGCUUCCAACUGGACCGCAAAUCCAGCUUGCAGGCAACUCGCGUGUUGUCAUUACAGAUACACAGCAACAUGGGAACAGAGCAAUUUCAAGACGUCCACGGUCUCGCUCGACUCUGCAGAAUCAGGAUACUGCUCAGUCUACGCGCCUCACAUACACAAGAGGCUACCGGGCUGAACACAUCUACCAAAAACAGAGCCACGAAAGAAUACAAUCGACUGGAACCAGACCUGGUAUGCUACCAGCUCGCCCUCCAGCCACUACCAACGCAUUUGGCACAAUGAUAUUUGGAAGCAAUGCAUGGAAUCGCACGCUUCCCGAGUAUGCUGGGCAGGUGCGGAGAACGCUCGCAUCAAAGUACUACUCGCUCUGGCCAGCGCCAUCUACAAUUACUUCUGAUACGCUUUCAUCCGGGAGUAAUAGGAAGACUCGCACACCCGAACGUGGUGAAAGAAAGGUACAGAAAACGCUGGCAUCGGUGCAGCAAGCACCUGCAAGAAGUCUACCUAGAAGCAAUACGCAACGCACACUUCCCGAAUUGGCUGGGCACUUUAUACAGAGGACAAUGGCUUCGGUGUAUUCACUCUGGCAAGCACCUUCUGCACUUACAUCCUUUCUUGGAUCGACCUUUUGCAAGACUAUGGUUUGUUGGCUUAAACAGUAUUGGUCAGCUCGGAAAAGCCUUGGGAUAUGUGGUUCAUCUGGAAUCGUUUGAUUGAUGCACUUGAAGCUUAGCGAUGGCCUGGUAUAUGUCUAAUUUUGUUGUUUCUUAAUUUAUCUUCCUUUAUUUUUGCAUCUUGGCCUAAUGUAUUAAUGAACGAAUGUCGAUUUGAUUAAUUUCUCAUCCGAUGUUUCCCCGAUAUAUAUCUCACAUAGUAGUAGUAUAUGAAAGCAGUACUUUGUAUAGCCAAGAACGGACCAAUGGAUGCCCCAGACGCAUUCACGUUUCUGUAUAAUCUUAUCUCGAUCUCCACAUUAUUGAAACUGAAUUCUCCGAAUGCCUUCAUCAUAAGAAUACACAUUCCUACGCACUCUACAAAAACCAAUUCCCCAACUCGCCACUUUUCUUUUCCUGUUAAGCUGGACCAUGGCCUCGCAAUUCCACUUCAACCUGACCACCGUCC